GCUGCAUGCUCAGGGUUACCUCGUCGUGCAUUCAGCGUUGCAAUAAUGGUUUUUGUAUAACCUUUCUCAAGAACCAUUACACUGCAGGCCAUGCUCCCCAUAUGAGACAAUUGAGCUAUCAAAAUUAGCUAAACUUGUCAUACGGGUUUACAUUGUCAAAGAACUCUGCUGGAGCUCUGUUCUUCUAUUUUCUAUUUCCUAUUUUCUAUUUUCUUUCCUCUUUUUAUUUCUUUUCUUGCCUCUUAACGGCCCAUGAAUUUUGCUAUGGUCGAUCAUCUGCUACAUCUUAUCAUUCGUUAACAAGGGAGAAAUUAAAGAGGACAAGUGAACAAAGCUGGCUUUUUUGCCUUGUUCUGCUAUCUUUGAGUGCCGACAUUGUCAUACUCCAUUUUUCUACCGCUGCGAAACUCAUUACGGGAUGGCACUAUUUUAAUUUGCCCUCCGGACUCGCUCUCUUGAAUGAGAGUCACGAAGAGUUGUUACAGAUUAGACAGAGCAUUCACAUUCCAUCCUCCUUGCGGUUCCCCUCUCAUUAUCCUAGAUAUCUUCUUGCGAAUUGCUCUCAAUAUUCUUGACCCGACUUAACUUAUAGACACUGGGGCAUAGAACUAGCUAGGUUCACUCUUUAAGAUUUCACUCUGUUUUACAAUGUGCCGUUGGUCGACAGCCCUGUAUACCUGCGGCCACCGCUCCCCGCCCGUGCGUGUGGAAGAAGAGACAUGCGAAGACAGCGCAAAUUGUACUUAUGACGGCUCAGAUGCAACUUUCAAAGUCUCAUACAAGUGCCGGCUUUGCGAUCCAUGGGAGGGCCCCCCAUCACAAUAUCCACCUGCAGCAGCACCAGUUGCACCAUCACAAGCACCAGCACCAACACCAGCACCAGCACCAGGACAGGCACCGGCUAUGGCAACAGCUCCAAAGUCAACAACUACAACAAGAACAAAAUCAAGAUCAGUAGCAAAAACCCCAUCGCCGCGGAGGUCAUCGAAACGGAGAAGAAGAAUAGGGAAAGCGAUCAAAAGGGGAUUCAAGAAAACGGCCAUAUGCAUCUGCCAAAGAAAAUAAACUGGGAAGAAAGGAGGGUUGGAACAUUAAGAGAACAAGCUCGCUCACGGGAAAUAAAACCUUGCAUGGCUGUUGAACAGCCAGUUCCAGGAGGGACUGUUUUCGAUAAAAAACUAUACCCACGGCCCUCUCGAUUGUCCAUUUUUGAAAUGCAAAACGGAAAGGGCGUUUUACGGCUGCACAACACAACGAUAAUAAUAAACAAUACGGGAGUUUUGAUGAUAUGGAUUUAAAUUUCUACGGGGUUGGGAUCUGAGAGGAGGACUAUAAUAGCAGUGUUUACAGUUGACCCGCACAACGCCCUGGAAGAUCAAGUGCUUCAAGCCAUUUACUGGGAUUGGGAGAUAUCAUCCAUGUGCUUUUGUCCUUUAGAUGCAGACUGCGAUUUAAUUUCCUCGUCUUUACUCAGUCCACCGUUUGUCUGCGUGGUAAUCUGCAAAUUCUGGAAGGAGUAGGGGAGGGGGGGGGGAAUGAUGAUGGAUGGGUGGGUUGUUCAUACAGCAAGCUCAAGGCGCCGGGAUAAGUUAAUUUUGGCAAGCCAGUUCUAAUCAUGCAUGCAUGCAUGCAUGGACUCUGGUGCUCUGGUGUUUUGUGUGAAAGGCGUUGUCUAUGGACUUGUGUUUUUUUUUCCUUUUUCAGGGGGGUUCCUUUCUUCGCUUAUUUUCCAUCUUGCUACUGUGCAUUGAAUGUAUCAAAAUUGUCUUUUAGUCCAUUUCAUUGGGCAGAGGGUCGCUGGUGGCAUUGUGAUAUUUUUUCCCCCGUUUUUCUUUUAAUGGUUUCAUUUAAGUGUGGCAUUUCCUCUUUUCUUUAUCCGAUUAAGUCUGGUUGUCUGGGUUGACCGGGGGUGUACAGUACUGUGGAAUAUUCAAGCAGUUGACAUCCUUUUAUAUCACUUCCUAAAGUUUGAUUAGUUAUGAAUUUAUUUACAAAAUUUGCC